UUCCGUCACUGUCACUGCCACGCACAUGUUGUCCGUACCUCGGCAGCAGCCAUGAUUAGGUGAAUGAAUCAGUUCUGAGCGGAAGCAGGUCAAGUUCAGCAGGGAGGGAAAAGUGCAGCUCAGGUGUCAAGGUGAGCGUGCGGGCACAGAUCAAGGUGUGAGCUCCGGGGAAAUGUGAACUCUCGUCAUCACGAUAACAAUAGUUACUCGAGCUGCAUGGCACCAACACAAUCAGCCCAGCUGCUCCUGUGUAAACCUGCAAUGUGAGGAACUGCACCGCCUGCAGCACAGAAGCAGUCUAGCUUUCGCACGCCGACUGAAAUAACAAUGCAUCAUAGCACGAUGACCCGCCUUUUAAUUAAGAUUUAGCCUGAAAUGUCGACUGCGUGUCGGCAACUGCGUGACACAUGACAUGAUUUAGGGUCUAUUUUCAGCGUGUCGUAAAUCAGGCAGUUUAAUUUUCGGCUCUUCGCGAUUUUUUGCACCUUCCUUCGCCACCUCGUGCCUGUGAUUUCUUCCUCCACAACACAUUUACGCUCAUCACUACCUCACUCCUCAUUCUUCUCUCCUCUUCUCAUCUUUCUUUUUGCCCCCUGUCUAUAAUUGGAUUCUAUUUUCAGGCCGCUAUAAGUGUCGGUGUCUCUUGUGUUUGUGUCUCGCACCCCAUUUUCUGUCUCUCCUCCAUCGUCACCCUCUGCUCUUAUCGCUCCCAUCGCGCUCUCCAUCUUUCUGUCGCCGUACAAAGCCACUCCUCUUCUUCUUCUCCUCCCUUUCUUCCCACUAACUGCUUCAUUUCUGCAAAACACCCUUCCAUUUACCUUUUUAUCCUUUUAGUUGUGACGGUUAAAUAUGAUGGAUAGCGUGCUAAAAGCCUUAUGCAAAGUUGUGUUGUAUGUGAAGUAAUGGAGAGCAGAGUAAACUGUACCUAACUGAUGUGAAUAGCUCUCUCAUGACCUAAUUCUGGUAGUCUGGGUUACACAGCGAUCUGAGAGAGAGGAGGAUAUAUUUAGUGAGUAGAAAAAAGAUAUAAAACAGAUGAUACAGGAUACAGAUGAGCCCAUAAAAUACAGGCAUUAUGUACCUAUACGUAAGUGACAUGUAUCAUAGACCUUUGAUGCGUUGAUGCGACUACAGGAACAUUUUUAUGAAAGGCAGCGAGCCAAUUAAGCAGCCUUUAUGAAGGGGAGGAGUGGAAAAUGAGUGGCUGACAGAGGGAGGGAGUCCUGCUGUAGGACUUGGUUGGCUGUCGGGAUGUCUCUAGAGGUGGUGCAUGUGUUUAAAAGACGAAAAAAGACUUAGAGAGAAAGGAAGCGAGGCUAUCAGAGAUGGAAAAAGUUGACUAACGAGUGGAGGACAUGGGGAUCUCUCAUCACACCAAAAAACCCUCAUCGAGAAGGCCGGGAAGCUGCAAAACCGCGACCGACGCGCCUCGACGGGGUCACGCGGCGCUGAACCGAACCGCGCCCGUGCGGACGGUGCUCAUCCGGCCGCUGCACGCGCGGAGCACACCCUCACGCAGACAGCACGCUCAGACGGCGCAGACACGCAAGGUGCACCCACAUCUGACGCAGGCACACAGGGCGAGCUCACAGACCGCACUCUGCUGCCCGACGCGGCCCCAUGAGCAGUACACAGCACACAGCGAUCACUCAGGCUGCACCUUCUACUGCUAUUUCUGCUACUGCUGUUACUGCUGCUGCCUCACGUUGCUCUCUUUCUCUCUCCUCCUCCUCCUGUCUCCACCUCCCAACGCUCCUCCCUCCGCCUUCAACUCAAACACCACUCUUCCUCCUCCCUCCUCCUCCUCCUACUCCCCCUCACAACCAUCAACUUCCUGUUCGGAUGAACUUUCCUGUGUCCAUCCUGACGUCAACCUGACUUCUUCUUCCGCCGCGUCUCUCUACUGCCCCGUGCCACCUUGUCUCAUCUCUGAUGAUUCUUUCCCCCUCUUCUACGCCUCGUCUCCUGACCUCACCUCUUCUGACCAACCCACCUCCUCUUGCCACGGCUCCUCUCCUACAUCUUCUUCUUCUUCAUCUUCUUCUGUGUCCUCUGACUCCUCACCCCCUCAUCAUCCUGUCCUCUGCCGGCCGUGGCCCUCUUCGCGUUCUCUUUCCUCCCUGCUCCUCUGCCCUCCCAGCUUUGGGGAUCCAGUCUUGUCCUAUGCAUCCACUUUGGAGCACAUCCCCUCUGGGCCAGCCCGGCCUCGGACGCUGCUGCGCCAGCAGAGCCUUCAGCAGCCUCUCAUCCACCCAUCAGGUCCUGGUCUCGGCCAGCCCCCCACCACCUCCCAGAGCUUGGGACAAUUACACACUGCACCUGGACAGCCUGGGGGAGGCGGGGGUGCUGGGAGAGGAGGGGGAGGCGGCAGCAGUGGUGAGGGUGGGGGUGCAGGUACACGAGGCGGUCCCAGGGGUGCGCGGGGCAGCCCAGCAGGAGCAGGUGCCUCUCGCUAUAGGGGAGGUGGUGCAGGAGGGCGCUCACGUGCCAAUCCUGGCAGCUGGGAUUACAUGAUGGACCAGAUCCGGAAUCGCGGCCUGGACGUCAAGUCCUUCCUAGAAGGGAAGAUGGUGGUCCUGGCUUUGGCCAUUGGUGUGGCCGAGCAAGAUGACUUUGCCAAUAUCCCUGACCUGCAGGAAACAGCGCAGGCAGCACCGGCAGCCAAUCAGGAGCCCCCUCCUGAGAAGAGGGGCAACAAGCCAGCUAACAGCCCCAAGGGCCAACCCCCUGAUGCUGAUGGCCACUCCUCCGUCACUGACCUGGCCAACUCUCUCACUGGAGACAUGGUGAUGCUCUCCCCGGGUUCGGAGGACGAUGACGGCGAAGGGCCCAUCAGUGAGAAGCUGGGCCGGAUCCAGUUCAGCAUAGGCUACAGCUUCCAGAACACGACCCUCACCGUUAAAGUGCUGAGGGGCCAGGAGCUCCCGGCCAAAGACUUCUCCGGCACCUCCGACCCCUUCGUCAAAAUCUACCUGCUGCCCGACAAGAAGCACAAGCUGGAGACCAAGGUCAAGAGGAAGAACCUCAACCCCCACUGGAAUGAAACCUUCCUGUUCGAGGGCUUCCCUUACGAGAAAGUCAGAGAGCGCACGCUGUACCUUCAGGUGUUGGACUACGACCGCUUCAGCAGGAAUGACCCCAUUGGAGAGGUGUCAAUUCCCCUUAACAAGGUGGAACUGGGCCAGAUAAAGACCUUCUGGAAGGAGCUCAAGCCCUGCAGUGAUGGCAGUGGGAGACGAGGAGACCUGCUGGUGUCUCUCUGCUAUAAUCCCACUGCCAACACCAUCACUGUGAACAUCAUCAAAGCCCGCAAUCUCAAAGCCAUGGAUAUCGGGGGCACCUCAGAUCCAUAUGUGAAGGUGUGGCUGAUGCACAAGGACAAGCGCGUAGAGAAGAAGAAGACAGUGACGAUGAAGCGCUGUCUGAACCCCGUCUUCAACGAGUCCUUCCCCUUCGACGUGCCCGCCCAUGUGCUGAGGGAGACCACCAUCAUCAUCACCGUCAUGGACAAGGACCGGCUCAGCCGCAACGAUGUCAUCGGCAAGAUCUACCUAUCGUGGAAGAGUGGACCAGCUGAGGUGAAGCACUGGAAAGACAUGCUCGCUCGGCCGCGUACUAACGUCGCCCAGUGGCACGCUCUCAAGGCCUGAUCGCAUCGCCCAGCUUCCUCCAUGGCCCCUUCCCGUCUCCUGCUCCUCCUUCCUCCUCCCCCUCCCCUCCUCCUCCUCCCCACUCCCGUCCUUAUGCACAAGACUGACUUGCUGCCAGGCUGCGAAACACGGGUACAAUUAGCCAUCUGCUCUCUUAAACCUUUAAACUCUUUUUCUCCUUUCUUUGAAAAGUCUCCACUUCUCUCCGACUCCUCUCUCUUCUUCUGUCCGCUCCUCCUCAUACAAGCCGUGUCUUAAUUUCUGUGUCUCCCCACUUUGCCAAUGGUCCCCCUGUUUCUGACUGUCUGUAUGUCUGUCUGUCCUUAUGCACUUUGCCUAUGGAGGUCCGAUGUUUGGUUUCUUUGUCGACCCCUUGGUUCUGAACUGCACUGCAGCCCCUUGACCCAUUUAAGGUGCCAGUCCCGUGGGAUCACAGAGAAUUCUAAGUAACGAUCUAAUCUCAUAUAAUCCUAUUGUAUGACUAUUCCAGGUACACAAUACUAUACAGUAUGUACUGUAUGUACAUGUACAUAUUAAUAUAUUAGGCGUUUAGAUUGGCAGAACUACCCCUAUACACAUGACUAGUAUACAGUGUGUUACCCAUAGACUGUCUGCUGUUUCCCAUCUCUCCUCUCUCUUCAUUUCUUGUCCUUGUCAUCUGUCUCGAGUGUAUUAUAUCCUCUCCCCAUUUCAGUCUCUCCGUCUUUUGCUCAGAAGUGGUUUAAUGUUCAGCUGAAGUUGUCGAAGGCAAUCAAUACUCGGCUUGUGAUGAAACCAGCUGAACUCAAGAUGGAAUUGUUGAUACUGCUGUCUCUUCUCUCCCCCCUAUUUUUCCUUCUCUGUGCUCUUCUUUAUCUUCUCUUCUCCCCUUCUUAUUGUUCCCUCAUUUCUCUCCCUCUGGCACAAUAUUAGUGAACAACUCCACUUUCUGGACCCCCCCACCCCCAGCUCUCCCCCACUCCUUCGUCGUCUGUGUGCUGUGGGUGCUGUGCUGUAGCUCCAAACAACAAAAAUAGAGAUUAAAAAAGAAAAAAAACAACAAAAAACGUAAAUAAACUGAACUUUCCGAAGCUGGGAAAGCGGGAACACGAGAAAAAAACUUGUGAAAUGGAUCGCUCCUGAUUUUUUCCAGACAAAAAGCCCUGACGUGGAGAGAGAAAAAAGAAGAUGAGAAACAAAAAAAAAAAAAACGACCAAAAUGAAUCCCCCCCCACCCCCCCAGAUGAUACAAUGAUGUCAUUUUCUCACAGCAUCAUCAACUGAGGAAACCAAUUAAAAAAAAUCUUCUUCCAAUGUUAAGAUGAAAACAGAAGCCAAAAGCAGAGUUUGCGCUGUUUGUGCACAUGCGUUCGGCUGCGUGUGCACACUUCUGUGUGUUUAUCGAUGCUAUGAAUUCUUUGUACUGCCCUGUGCUCUUGUGUUGUGCUGAUGUGGGUGUGCUGCGUUGACGUGUGCCUGUUGCUGUGUGUGUGUGUGUGUGUGUGUGUGGUUGUGUGUGUGUGUACGUUCACAGGAGCAACAUAAUUCAGACUCGGCAGAAAUUCUUCUUCUUCUCUUUUCUCUUUCUCAUCUUGCGCUCUUCUUGCUCUUCUUACUGCCAUUGUUUCCCCAUCCUCCUUUACUGCCCUGCCUUCUGAACGAGGGCACGGGGAAGUUCUACCUGCACUUUUUGAAAAAUGUAAUAACAAUAAUAAUAAUGAUGAUGAUGGUUUUGAUGAUGAUGGUAACAGUACUGGUGAAAAUUAAGGGAGGAGAAUCUGGAAGGGUGAGCAGCAGUCGGGGGAGAGGAGACGUCCGCUCUGUGUUUUUUUGGGGGGGUUUGGAGACAAGUGGAGGACACAAAGGACGGAUGUAGGGCUCUCAUCCCCCUCUUUUUGGUCCUCUUUCCUCCCUCAAUUUGCCUGUGUGUUUGUGUGUGUGUGUGUAUUUGUAUAUCAGUGUGUACCAAGCUCCUGGCGACAGGUGGCUGGCGUCUGAAAUGUCAGGCGCGGAUGAAGAAAUCAGACCUGUCCGCUCGUCACGUGGAGGGCCAGCCAGCACAACAGUGCUGUUACAGUGCGUUGAUCAACAGCGAGCACCAACAAAGAGCCCGGUUGCCGAACAAUGGGCGCGUAUCUGGAAGCAGUAUCGCAGAUGUGCAUUUGGGCCUUAACGCAGGAAGAAGGAGGAGAAAAAUGAGAUAGCAAGGCUGAGUUUUUGUUGUUGUUCGCAGAACGCGGCUGUGUAUCACAGACAGUGGGUGUGAUAUUAGAUGAUGGUCUGAUCUGCCACUGUGAGAUUCCGUAGAGGCAGAUUAGACAUUAUCUCUUCCCUGAGUGCUUGAGAGUGUACUGGUAGCUGCCCUGCUUGUCAGGCACGUUCAGCUCAGCUCGAUAUGUUCUGUAGCGUAAAUAAAACAGUCGUAAAGCAGCGACGUGAACGCUGUCAGCCAUUGAGAGCUGCUCAAACACGCUCUCCCUCUCUCUCAGUGUACUCUCUACUGUAACUGCCUGUCUGUCUCGUGUUUUUCACAUUCAGAAAAUCCUGUGAAGUGUAAUCCUCUCAGCCGCUCAGGAUUUGUUUAACUGGAGCAGCUUCUAAAUGAGGACACACCUUUCAGACACCCUGUUAGACUGACUUUGCAAGCAGACACGAUCAUUUGCUUGUUUCUUUAUUUUUUGGUUGAAGCAUCGCUGCUUCUGUGGAUGCGGCAUUUCAACUGGCCCCAUUAAAUUCAUGCCUCGCACACCCCAGGCCCUGCAGUGGCUUUUAUUUUCUCUUAUCAUGCAAAAAAUUUGAUAGUAUCUCGUGCGUCCGUGCUCGUUUUUGAUUUAUAACGACGAUAACCUGACCACCAAGGGGAAAGAUUAUGUAAUUCAACUCGCAUCUACAUCAGGUUAGUCCUCGUCUAGUGCCUCCAUAAGCUGGUCCGGGCGGCACACUGCGAGCUGCGAGUGAGUUCUGGGCAGUGUGUUUCGUGUGAGACCGCUGUGAUGCACUGAUCCAGUCCAGCACCCUUCAGAACAAUUGGCCAGCCGAAGAAAAGGGCCCACUGUUUUGACAGCCACUGCCUGCAGUGUCACAGCACAUUACGCUCCCAUUAGGUGGUCAGAAAGGAGCAAUAUCUGCUUCCUCGGACCCAGAGGAGUCACUGUUUGCAGAGGUAAUACUACGCUAAGAAUAAUACAAAACAUACACUCUUAUUGGUAACCACGAGCGUGAUGGACGGGGAUAAAGGCUCGUCUGUCAGAAUGAGGGAAAGGAUCAGUGGGCGAUCACGGCUGAAGCUGUGAAAACCAGACGUGGUCUGAAUAUGCAGGUGUGCAGGUGAUGAGUCAAUACAAUAUGUCCGCCAGUUCUUUUCACCAAGAUUACACGUUGCACAAGAAGAGAUAAAUUGCCGUGCUACACGGGUUUACAAAGCUUAGUCAUCAGUGACCCUGCAAACUGGGGGAUAUGGCUUUAUUUAUAGUAACAUGAGGCUCUGAGUUAUGCGGCUGAUCCUCGAAGGCAGACUGGAGGCUGGAGGGCUACAGAGUUAGGCUUUUAAAAACUCACAACACCGAGUGCCUGUGAAUGCAGACUUCUACUUAAAAGUAAAUCUGGCGCAUAAUUCUGUUUUUAAAAACUUGGCUGCAUAAAGGUCAAGUGUGUAGGAUUUACGAAAAAAAAACCAAAAACACUGAAAUAACAGAAUCAUUGUGUUUUCGUUACCCGAGAGUAAAACCGUGUUGCACCGCCAUGUUUAUCUGCCACCUUAAGGGAAGGUGAGACGAGGGGUAUAGAUGCCACUAAAUCCUUCACAAUGGGCCUUUUAAAUAGGAUGGUCAUCAAAUAAUUGGCCACUGACAAAGGUAGGAAUAGGUGAGCUAAAAGUAGGAAAACUUGGAUUUCCUUUAGUUGCUUUUACUUUCAUACAUACAAAUCUGCGGCUGCCCUCAACUGUACGGAGCCUGUUCGUUUUCAAUGAAACGGCUCUCAAAACCCUUUUGUAGCCACAGUUGGCAACUAACUGGUGAACAUAGAGGAGCAUGUAGCAGCUAAACAGCCAGAUAAUUCCCUCAACAGAGUUAAAAUUAACCAUUUCAUCAUAUCAACUUGAAACGUGAUACGUCAAUAUUGCAUUGGUUCAAAUGUUGGAUGUGAAAUAAGUAUUAGCAUUAGAUAAAUACAGUGAGUAUGUUAUCCUGCAUAGAGUAAUAAUGUUAAAGAGGCACGGCUACUUAUAAGCUUUAUAUGCAUAGAUAAUUCAGCUGAGCAUUUAUCUUAAUUUAUCUAGAUUUACACGAAUAAAGCGACUAUUUAUGCUCAAGGUCUGAAAGCAACAAGAGGAAAAAAAGCUAGCAUGUGAUUGUGAUUUCUAGACUGUGAUACGGUUAAAGUUAUUUACUUUAGCAAACAGGACACAAAUAAUUCAUCAGAGAGCAUCCAGAAAGCUGCUCACUCCAUAAAAUAAGCAGGAGUCGCAAACAUUAUGUUCUCUCAACGCCAGCAGUCACACGGCAGCGCCAUUAAAAUGGAUGGUAAGCUCAGAGCCAAACAGUAUAAAGGAGAAAGCAAUUUCCAAAUCCCAGUUUUAUUAUACUGCCACCUGUCUCACACUUCUAAAAGUAUUGCCUUUUGUUGGCACCGGCACUGUCGGCGGUGACCUUCAACCACCCUGAGCUCAUGAAUAUAGCAUGGCAGUGUUUGCAGAUGCUCGCAGUCAAGACUUUGGUGGGACUGACUUCACUCGGUGUUCCUGCCUCUCCUCGUGCUCAGACUUUCAUCAGGGCUCCGUUCCCUGGCAAAGCCAACUGGCCGGUGCAGGUGUGGAUAAUUACUGUUUGAUUAAAAAGAGGUGACGGCAGACACAGCCGACACUGCCAACAGCUCUGCACCUGAACCAGUGGUCUUUAAAAGUGACUUCUGAGUUACCUGCUUUAUUUUGUUAAAUCUGGACAUCAUUAGAACAACUUUAUCAUUUCUGUUGCAUUAAGCUCUCGCAGAUUUCUGCCACACUUGCAUUGUGACUAUGUGGAUGUCAGCCUGUCGUUUGCCUCCAGCAGUCCCGUCAUGUGGAACUUGCUAUAUAUAUAUAUAUAUAUAUCCAAGCCAAAUUUCAAAAUCCCUCGGGAUUGAUCGCGGUGGAUUCAGAUCACCUGUGCGGCACAUGGUGUGGAGUCCAGCUCCUAGUUAAUGAGGGAAAACAGCUUGGGGAAUUCCCCUCCCAGCCAAUCAGGGUGAGACGACGCCCUUUUGUGAAGGCUCAAGAGAGGUGGGGAAUGGCACCUGGGUCUGUCCCAGACACACUGUAGAACUCAUCCAAACAGAAUGUCAGUGAGAAACUCUGCUCUGUUUAGUAGAUAGCAUGGAAGGGAGGGACUGCAGGUGAUGCUAUAUUUUGAUAACCUAUUAAUUGGUUUGAGUAAUUUUUAAAGACAAAGUCAAAAUUCUCUGAUUCCAGCAUCGUUGGUGUGAAUAUUUUCAGGUUUCUCUAGUCUUCUAUGACAGUAGCCUGAAUAUGUUUGGGCUGUAGACAAAACAAAAUGUUUGCGUGUGCCAUCUUGGGUUUUGAGAAACACUUUUUCACCAUUGUAGAUAUUUUCUAGACCCAACAGCUAACUGAUAAAUCAAGAUGAAAAUCAACAAUGAAAGUAGUCACUUGCAGCCCAGUGUUAAAAGCCUGCCAUUACCAAAAUCGGCCCUUUAUUCACUCACUAAAUUGCUUGUUAGUUGUUUUUCAGACAUGUUGAGAAAUCAAUACGUUGCAUUUUUUGAACACCAGUGAAAUCAGUGUGCAUGAUGUUGACACUACUUUUUUUAAUGUGAAACACACAUUAUUCAAUAAAUAUAGCGCAUAAUAUAAGUACAGAGGGAUUUAAGACAGAUGUUGUAAACAUUAUGCUUGAUAAACAUCAGCAUGCCAGCACUGUCACUGUGAUCAUGUUAGCAUGCUGACAUUAGCGUUCAGCUUGAACCCUGCUGUGCCUAAGUGGAGCCUCACAGAGCUGCUAGCAUUGUCUGUAGACUCCUGUUAUCAGUCUGUCCAGCCGAGUUUAGAGCAGGAGGAUCUCCAUCUCCUGGACCUCUUCUUUAAGAUGUUUAUUCAUGGGUGUGUGUGUGUCCCCCAAAUUCAUCAUUGUCACCAGCAGCCUUCCUUUCUCUGUUUACCUUCUAAAUAACUGAAAGCUUUAUUGGCUGAAGGGGUCACACCUGUUUGCCAAGGGAUUAGCAAGAUAUUCUUCAGCGCCUGAUGAUAUUGUUUGUCAUUGUCAUGCUCCUGUUCCUUCCCUUAUCCUGCGACACGAGUUUUCCUUGAUGGAUAUGGCUUUCUUAAGAUGAGCGUCAGUGACUCACUGUGUUGGAAAGUUGCCCGCUUUUCUGUAGUUUGUGCGAUAUUGAAUUAAGGGUACACUGUGCUUAAUGUCUGAGGGAACCUGAGGGGUGUGUGUGUGUGUGUGUGUGUGUGUGUGUGUGUGUGUGUGUGUGUGUGUGUGUGUGUGUGUGCGUGUGCAUGUGUGGAUUCAAAUCAGGCUGUAGUAAGCUCAUCCUGGAGGGACUGCAGUUGAUGCGUUAUUCUGCUGAAUCAUGUUGUGACAGCUGAGUCAGCCCAGAGGUCUUUCUUGGUCACCUUUGUCAUUUGUCCAGUCAGCCCCCCCCCCCCACCACAGCGUGAGUCUCGCCCUGCACAGACCGGCCUCUUCUUCCCUCGACUCACCCUUUCAAUUGUUUUAAGCAUCUGGUAAAAAAAAAAAACCCGAUGUGACUCCUCCCAAUCAGGGUCCAAGUAAGCAUUAUGUGAAUGGUAACAAAAAUGAAUAUUGAAAACAAUAACGAGUAAUAAUAUCUUUUUUUUUCUCUUUUCUGUUCACAUUUGACUGUUGGUCAGUGUGUAUGUGUGUGUGUGCUUGGUGUUCUUGUGUUGGGUUUAAUUCUUUACAAACAAAAACGUGAUAAGAAAAAUCCUUCUGUUUUUGGAAAAACUUUAUGUAAAUAUCGUUGGUGAAAAAUUAACAUUUGUUGUACGCCAAGUUUUCAUUUGUCACUUGAAAUGAUGAAGAAAACAAUGAUAUUCAUGAAUAACAGUGGUGAUGUUGAUGAUGCUGAAGCUGAUUAUACCUGCCCUUCUUGAAUAAGGGCUUUUGAUGUCCGCUGUAUUUUUGUUGGAGGCGUCGUGAGGUCGGGGCAAGACAACGAAAGGGGAAGGAGUGAUACCCAACACAUCCCGGGCCCUCUGUAGCAACACUGCCACAUACUUUUUAACCCCCCUGCCGCCCCGCCCCCAUACCUCCAGGAAAUACACUGAGCGAUGUGUGGCACAAAUCGUAGCCUGUGUUAUUAACGCCAUAGAUCAUCUUUGUAUUUUUUAUUACAAACAUGAAACAUAGAGUGCUCCUUGGCAGCAGGAAAGGACUCCUCACCUCCCUGUGGAGUCCGCCCCGGUCGCUUGGCAUCACAUCUCGCCCUGUCUGCUUAUAGGCUUGGGGAUUUACUGUAAUGCCAUUGUGUUAGACAGGAUUGGCCCUGUACUGACACUGAUGAUGCCUUCUUCAUUGAAUUUUGGAGUCAUUAUAGCUCUGCCGGAGGCCAUACAUGGGGAUGGGCAUGUAUGGAGGAGGGAGUGGGUUCCAAGUGGAAGGACGGGCACCAUCCGCCCGACCCUGUAAGGAUAAUCAGCAUGCUUGUGAUUCAAGCUUUUAUUUUGCGGGGUGGGGGGUUCGACUCAUGAUUAAGCACAACUGACUGCCGUGAACUCGCCGCAUAAUAUGCUUUUCUCCUGCCUAGUCAGAUAUUUGUGAGAACCCUCCAGCAAGAAAACCCCCAGGAUUAGCGCAAGAGCCAAACUACAAACGGCCGUAUGGCAGACGUAGUGGGAACGAGAGGUUUAAUCAUUCAAAAAGCAGUGAAGGAGAAUGAGAUUGAUCCUUCCAAAUGUCCAAAAAUGUGCCCUGUGCCUUCUCGGCAGACAUUUAUUCAGCGCACUGCUGCAUCCAAAACAAAAUAGAGAGAAUACACAGGGCUGUAGUCCGGUUAUUUUCUCUGCAGGUGUCUGUACACCCACUUCCCUGUUUUCAAUAUGCCAUAGCCUUAUGUGUCUGGCCGGGGAUGGAGCUUAUCAGUUUGGUAUUACUUUUUAGGGACAGAGUCGGCCACAGACAUGAUACCGUGCAGCAGAUACUCCCAGCAGCCGUCUGCAGGAAGGACAGUAGAUACAGUCCUGCCUUCGUUUGUAACACCAUCCUGUAGAGGGAGUCCCACAGGGGCGCACACACACACGCACACAUGAUCUGCUGUUAAUCGAUGCACUGAAAAUAACUUCUGACUUUUCCCCCUAAAUCCAGAUCUGUCAGUGUAUUUUUCCUUCCUCGCUGGUUGUAAAUAGACUUUGUGAUUCAGUUAGAGCAGCCUCUAACUUCUGCCAUAACGUGGACAUUUCUAAUCAGGUAGGUAAUAAGCAAUACACUCAAUUGAUUGAACGCCAUACGCUGAAACCUGAGUCCGAUGACGACUCCCCUUUUGCUUUGAGGGAUGUUGAGGGUAACUCUCCUGUUUGUUCACCUCCUUUCUCGACUUGCCGCGGCCCACCUCUUCAACAAAGAGUGCUCUAACUUAAAACACACAAUUGUGAUGUGUACAAUCUAAUUUAAUGUAUUUAUUUAUGUAUUUUUGCCAACUUUGUAUAGUGUAUAAAUAUCUAUAAAUAUAUGAAAAAUGACAGUACUGUAUAGAUUUUAGCUGCCUGGUAAGGUUAAUAGUAUAUACUUGGUAGACUAAAAGAAAAAGCGUAGAGCUGUUCAAAAGCCAGUCAUUGAGAAAAUGCUUUCUGUAAAACCCGGUGCCACUGGCUCUUUUUAUAAUCUAGGUUUCGUUUCUGGUUUAUUUUUUUAUUAUUGCCAGUGGGAUCCAAAGUGCGUGUCGUUCUUCUUCCUUCGUCCGUUCGUUCGUUGAUUGGUUUGUUUCUUUGUUUUCUUUGUUUUUUUCCUUUUUUUCCUUGUUUUUUUUGUUGUUGUUUUUUUCUUGACAAGACACAGCGAGGUUCUGGCAGCCAGGAGAGUGCAGUUGGAACGCAGACUGGGACCCUGUGCAGUAGUGUGUAUGUGUGUGUGCGUAUGCGUGUUUAGGUGUGUGUCCGUCCAUGGUAGUACUAGUGCUCUCUGUGCAGUGCCUCCCUCUCUCCUCCUCCCUCCCUCUCUCCUCCUCCCCCACCCCCACCCCCUCUUCUCUGAUGUAGUUUGUCAUGUGACGCAGUGUGUGUUGAGGUGCAGGAUGACUGUGUUGGCCGAAGCUGGCAGAUGCCCUCUCUCUCUCUCUCUCUCUCUCUCUCUCUCUCUCUCUCUCUCUCUCUCUCUCUCUCUCUCUCUCUCUCUCUCUCUCUCUCUCUCUCUCUCUCUCUUUCUCUCUCUCUCGUGCCCACCUUGCUUCUUCAUUACGACGCUUCAUUUUAAUCCUCCACCAAGUAUAGAUUUCCACUUCCUCCGCCCGAUUGUUCAUUUACUCUCCCAUUCAGCUGGUAAUGCAUACACCCACCAGAGUCUAAUUUCCCAGUAAUCCAUGCUCUACUCAUCUAUCUGCGAUUCUUUGUCCAUUAGCGGCCCUCAUCCGUCACCCUCCACAUUGCCGUAGAGCACCUUGUUUCCCCCCGCCCCCCCCCCCUUACAGAGCUCUGUGGACCAGAGAAUGAUUUAGCACAAAAAAAGAGCAGAUCCACACAUCCAUCAUGUUUUCUUUUUCUUGCUUGUACAUCUUUCUUGUAUCUCUGAGGAGAGGGCAGCUGCCAGCCCGGCACGCAGAAAACACAAAGCAGCCAUAUUCAGAUGUCAAGCACAGGUCUGUGACUCAAAUCUAUGUUGUGGUGGCUUCACUGCCGCUUCGUUUUGUAGCAAGAGCAAAGAGAAAACAGCCUUAACGAUCGGACCAACUACACACACAGAAAAAAAUAACUAGUGGGAUAUGUGCAUUUGUAGUGGACUACUUACCUUCCCUUUCCCACACCAGAUUUAUUACUCAGUAUUCUGAUGUGUUGCUUGGUUGCUCUGUACAUAUCUGUGUAGUACUUCUGUUGAUGUCCCUGUAUUAGUAUAGUAACGGGUUCUUACUGGGCAGCCUCCGCAGACGUCCUCUCCCUCCUGUCUCAUCUCAUUUCCUUAAAAAAACACUUCAAAACAUUCCAUCUGAAUCUCAAGUGAGCAACAUUUUAGAGAUGAUUAGAUUUCAUGCAGACUGAGGGGUAAAAAAAAAAAAAAAAAAAAACAGCAGAGGGACUGUACCACAAACAUUACCGCUGGAGCCAUGAUAAUAACCAAGACGUCGUGUCUGUGCUCACGUCCCUCUGAGAGCUGCAGCGGCAGACUCAGCUUUAAGACCAGGACACACACACACACGUCGCUCUGCUCCUCCAAACACCGCCGCCGCGCCGACCUCACCCAGCUCUGACAGGUCAGCGGGUCACCGACUGGUUUGAGGAGCCCUCCGACCUGCAGGGAGGUGAAAGGGGGUGAGGUAGGCGAGGAGGUGGGAAGAGCCCCGGGAGGCAGCAGAGAGGCCUGUCCGUGUGGUCAGAUCCGGGGUCAGGAGGGAAGGGAGCGAGGGCGUCUCGAGGUCAAACCCAGUAGCUCUUUGGUUUUGCGUUCCAUGUUUUUUUUAGCCUCUCCUGUUUUUUGGCCGAGCGGACUGUGAUCUUACUGGUUGAUUUUCUUGUUCUCCUCCACCCAUCAGUGUUACAGAGUGUGUUGGGUGGAUGGAGCCAUGGAGCUGAGCUCUGAUUUUGUUCCAUAUUAAAGAAUCAUUUUUACUAAG